AUGCAACAUUUAAUUUGGUCCAAAUUUCAUGCUCACCCUAAUUCUGCUCUGUUUUCAUUUCGACCAUUUCUUGUCAGCCUUGAAGAAGAGAGAGACACAGCCAAGCCUUCGUCUGCAGAGGUUGGCUUGGUUAUUCUUCAUCGUCGUCUUCGAUUGUCUUCGUCUUCAAGUGAAAGCAUUGAAUUUGAACUCUGA